AUGGAGGAUUUGGAAGAGGAAAAUGAAGUGAUUGAGGUGAGUGAAGAUUUCAUGAACAAGGGGACGAAGAAGGGUAAUAAUAGCUUGGUGGGGAAGUUGCUAUCGGACCGAAAAGUGAACAAAGAGGUGAUCAGAUCCACUAUGAAUAAAACUUGGAAACUGAAUGGCUCCUUUGUGUUCUAUAAUAUCGUGCCCAACAUGUUUGUUAUUUCGUUUGAGAACCAGAAGGAUAGACAGAGAGUUCUGGAGGGGAAGCCGUGGCUGUUCGAUAAUCAACUGUUUGUAUUGAACCUAUUUGAAGGCUUAACCCCCCCGCAGAAAAUGAACUUUGAUUUCGAGGAGUUCUGGGUACACCUAAACAAUCUACCAUUAGCAUGUAUGUCAAGAGAAGUGGGGAUGCAGAUUGGAGCUAUGGUUGGAAAUGUAAAAGGCGUGGAUUUAAGGGAAGAUGGGAUAGGAUGGGGAAGCUAUCUAAGGGUUAAGAUAGAAAUAGACCUGAGAAAGAAAAUUUCAAGGGGUCGAACAGCUAAUGUGAUGGGCAACAAAUUGUGGAUUCCGUUGAGCUAUGAGAAGCUCCCUAAAGUGUGCUUUAAAUGCGGCAAAAUCUAUCAUGGGGGAGAGGGUUGUCUUGAGACGGAAGGCAGUAGUGAUAAAUUUCAAUAUGGGGUAUGGCUUCGAGCUAGCUAUUCGGGAAGGGGAAAGUCUUCAGAGUCUUCGAGCAACAAGGUUAGUGAGAAUAUGGGUGAGAGUGAGGGUGAUUUUAACCAUUCCAUUGGUUCUUUGGGAGAAAAGGAGUCGUGA